UUGUUUUUUGUUUGUUUGUUUGUUUUUUGUGAAGGGGAGGUGAAGUAUUACAUUUUAUGGGGUAUGGGAGGAGGGAGGAAAAAUAUGUUGCAGAUCUUCAUGUGGUUUUUAAAACCUGCUGUCAGAGGGAAUUACUGAAUAAACUGAAGCACAAGAGGAGGGUUUGUGAGCUGGAAGCAGCAUUAGCUCACCAAAGAAAGGGUCAGUGGGCUGCUGUUUUGAUUGUGGAGGCAGAAACUUCAGCCUCCUUCAUUUCUCACCAACUACUCCACAUUCACCCAUCGAGAAAAUGAGUUGCGUGCCAUGGAAAGGUGACAAGACCAAAUCAGAAUCACCAGAGCCACCUCAGCCACCGCCACUGCACAUUUACCAUGAGAAGCAGCGCAGGGAGCUGUGCGCCCUCCAUGCCCUCAACAAUGUCUUCCAGGACAGCAACGCCUUCACCAGGGAAACCCUGCAGGAGAUUUUCCAGAGGCUGUCUCCCAACACCAUGGUGACCCCCCACAAGAAGAGCAUGCUGGGAAAUGGGAACUAUGAUGUGAACGUGAUCAUGGCAGCCCUUCAGACCAAAGGCUAUGAGGCGGUUUGGUGGGACAAGCGCAGGGAUGUUAAUGCCAUUGCUCUGUCUAACGUGAUGGGCUUCAUCAUGAAUCUGCCCUCUAGCCUUUGCUGGGGCCCCUUGAAGCUCCCCCUCAAGCGACAGCACUGGAUCUGUGUCCGGGAGGUGGGAGGCACCUACUACAACCUUGACUCCAAGCUCAAGGUGCCCGAGUGGAUUGGAGGUGAAAGUGAGCUCAGGAAAUUUUUGAAACACCAGCUGAGAGGAAAGAACUGUGAACUCCUCCUGGUGGUCCCAGAGGAGGUGGAAGCACAUCAGACCUGGAGAGCUGACGUGUGACCUGGACCGACUCGUCCUCCCACUACAGCUCUUCCCCUUUACCAAACUCCUGAUGUCCUAAAACCUGGAUAAUGGGUGCCCCGACUCUUCUUGUCUGGAAUUUCCUUUGUUAGGCUCUUCUCUUCCUUCCUUGGUGCAAUAGGGCAAUGGCGCAGGACGUUGGGGGUGGUGGGUGGGGAAGAAUUAAGGCCAGAGUGGAGGAAACUGGAAGCCAAUCACUUCAAUUGCAAGGUGGAUGAGCUGUGUGCCCUUUGGCCAGCGGGAAGGCAUCGUGCUCUUUAAAACUGGGCUGGGGGCGAGGGCGCCUGGAAACCUCUGGCCUCCCUUUCCCCAUGUGGCUCAGGGCCGUGUAUGGAGGGGCCCAGCCCUGUCCAGGGCUUGCCAGGGAGGAGCAGGAGCCAAGCAUGCUGCCAUCUCUUCACAAGUCUCUCUCUCCAAAACAAGUCACCAUGAAGACAUUUGCAAUUCCUAAGGGUCUCUCAGGACACUCAAAACACUAGGAAUGGUACGGUGCUCAGCACGACCCUCUGCUUCUUAGGGCUGGUUUGUGCCAGAAGUUAGGAAACAAUAAUAAAAACAGUGUCAUCUUCCAAGAAAUUCUUCGGGUAGCUAGAGGAUUCUUCCCCAGUGUCUCCAGGGAUUUAUGUAUGUGGUGAGCGGUUGUCUGGCAGCGUGUGGCUGGCUAAGAUGACAUGGAAACAGCAGGCACAGGCUGAGGAGUAUCAAGUUUCUGGACUGGAGAGAGGCCAUAGUCUGCUUGGGUUUCUUCAUGCUGUGGUGGUGGUGGGGGGGGAAAUUGUUUUAUUUUUUAACACAUAUUUUGGUUUUCUACAUGGUCACCCAGUAGUUUAGAGGCUGCUUGGAGAGAGGAAUAAAGCUGAAGAGGGAGGUUUUGAGAGAAAUUUCAUUCCCAUUUAUUUCCCUCUUCAGAAGCCUAGCCUACAGUCAGGAAUGUCAUGUGAAAUGUGCCAGAAACAGGUCGAGUUAUAAAA